GUGCUCACUCAGUGCAUUUCCAGGUUAGGUAGAGAAGAGAAGGGACGAGUGAGGCGUAGCACUGCAGGUUUGUGUUUUGGACGACAUUCUCCGGGUUUCUUUCCUGCAGCAUUUUGCCCUGUUACAUUGAAGGGCUCAGGUCACAGCAGCUGUUUGGUCCUUAUUUAGUUCCACCUAUCAACACGCCCUUGUCGCUCAGAUAAAUAUCGACUACCACAGCUCACAGGGGCCAGUUCUCUGCUCUCUCUUCCUGCUGUUAUCGCCUGUUCCCCAGACUGAGGAGCUCAUCCCGUCUCUUCCGCUGUCAGAAGACCAUGGAGACAGAAAUUGAACAGCAAGAGGACACUGCAUUCAGCAACACGGAGACCAACGGUAAGCGCCCUGCUGAGGAUGCAGAUGAGCAGAAAUCAUUCAAGCGCUCCAGGAACUCAGACGAGAUGGUUGAGCUUCGUAUCCUCCUGCAGAGCAAGAAUGCAGGAGCUGUAAUUGGGAAGGGUGGCAAAAACAUCAAAGCCCUGCGUACAGACUACAAUGCCAGUGUGUCAGUCCCAGACAGCAGUGGGCCUGAGCGCAUCCUGAGCAUCAGUGCCGACAUCGAGACAGUUGGAGAAAUUCUGCUUAAUAUCCCCACACUGGAAGAGUAUCAGCAGUACAAUGGAAUGGACUUUGACUGUGAGUUACGCCUGCUGAUCCAUCAGAGCCUGGCCGGCUCCAUCAUUGGGGUGAAGGGAGCCAAGAUCAAGGAGCUGCGGGAGAAACACAAGACCAGCAUCAAGCUGUUUCAGGAGUGUUGUCCUCAGUCAACGGACCGCGUGGUACUGGUCGGCGGUAAAACAGAGAGGGUGGUGGAGUGUAUCAAGACUAUGCUCGAGCUCAUUGCCGAAGCUCCAAUCAAGGGUCGCGCGCAGCCCUAUGACCCUAACUUCUACGAUGAAACCUACGAAUACGGUGGAUUCACUGUGAUUGAAGAAAGGGGAGGCAGUCGCAGGCCUAUUAAUUCGUACCCAAUACGGGGGGGCAGGUCCAGUGGUGUAGAACGUGGGUUUGACCGAAUGCCCUCAAGCAGAGGGGCACGGGUACCCAUGCCUUCCUCCCGACGGGACUACGAUGAGAUGAGCCCUCGUCGAGGUCCCUCCUCCUCCCACGACACCCGAGCGGGGUUGGUGGCCGGGGGGGGAACCGUGGACCGCAACAUGCACUUGGGACACCAACACAGAGGAGGAGAUGAUCGUUACUAUGACUCGUACCGUGGCUCUGAUGAAAGGUCAAAUGACAGAAGAGGCAGAGCGGAUCGCUAUAGCGAUAACAUGAGCGGAGGAGGAUAUGACAACAGCUCCUCCUGGGAUAGCUACCAGUCAGGGGGCCGUGGCUAUAACGACAUUGGUGGCCCUGUCAUCACCACUCAAGUGACCAUCCCAAAAGAUCUGGCUGGCUCCAUCAUUGGAAAGGGAGGCCAGCGCAUCAAACAGAUCCGCCAUGAGUCUGGAGCCUCCAUCAAGAUCGAUGAGCCUCUGGAAGGUUCUGAGGACAGAAUCAUAACCAUUACUGGCACCCAGGAUCAGAUCCAGAAUGCCCAGUAUCUGCUACAGAACAGUGUGAAGCAGUACUCUGGUCAUUUGCUGUAGACCCAGGAGGACUAAGAUUGAAGCAGACUCAGAUUGCCCCCUGUUCCCCAACCCCCCUCAACUUCUGAACCCCGAACCCUUCUGCCCCUGUCCAACAUAUCCCCUUCAGACUAUUAAUCUGGAUUGUGGGUGUCUUUUUGAAUUUUAUUUUUGUAUUUUUUAAUGAAAUAAAUGUCCAACAUUCCUGUGCAUAAAACAAAAUGUAGAUGUUCUGCAUUUUUAAGAGCGUAGUCCUUUAGUUUAUCAGAUACACUUUUUUUUUUUUUUAACAUUCAAAUCUAUCAAAUUAUUCUUCAGUCUCCUUACAGACAAAAAUAACAUAACCUUUAUUUUUGAUGGUUUUGUUUUUUAAUGACUUGUAUGUUUGCAUCUCCAGUUUAGAUCUGUCCUGUGUGUAGCAUGUGCGCAUGUUAGUGUGUGUGGAUUGGUUUGCUUUCUGUUGUCUAUUCGGGGUCCCUUCUCACACAGUUAUAACGCAUUAACAUUAGCACCAAGCAGAAUGUAAGCCGUUUCUUUUCAUAUUGAACCAUUAUGUUGUGUUUUUUAUUUGUUUUUUGCUUUGUGGAAAGAAUUGUGGGACAUUUUAUCAUCAGGAUUUGAUUUGGGAUGUUUAAGUGGGACUUGUGUGUACACACUCGGUACUGGACUGUAACAGAUUUCUAAGAAUAUCCUGUGGUAGCUGUAUGAUUAAAAAAAAUCUGAAUAAUUUGAGUAACUCCUCACAAACAAAUUUGUAGCUUGAGGUUUUCUUUUGACAUUAUAUUGGAGAUUUGACCAAUAUUGAACUUAUCUAUUUGUCCCUGUAAUUUCCUGUACUCUACACUUGUUUUUCUCCAUGCUGUAGACUUCACAUUGUCAAAUUGUAAAAUGAAUAAAGAUGGUGCCACUUUUUACUGAAA